AUGGUUUGGAUUUGGGUUUCAAGCAUUAUUGUAUGGAUUGUGCAUGUGGAAAGCCUAACGGGUACCUCUGUUUCCUUCUCGGAUUUAACAUGCGCUUUGGGUUCUACAUUUUAUACCGUUUACUCCAAUGAUGAUUAUCACCUCUCCUGGGACGGUUCCUUCCUAUCAAAAACUGGAGGAUGCAAGAUAACGUUCGACCCAAUGGAGGCGUUAAGUAAAGUGUGUGUGGAAGUGGAAACUUUUGACGUACGAGACUGCAGUGUGAAUGUUUAUUACAUCGAUGAAGGCGAUUUGAAGAGGACAUAUGGAUGUGGUCAAACUCCAAAGAAAUUUUGUGGAUCGCAAAAUGCGGAUGUCGAUGUAGAACUAUCCGUUCCUCGGACCCUCAGUAGUUCAACAAACUCAUUUCGGCUGAGAAUCUAUGCAUAUAAACAAUAUGAACCUAAACAACAAGACUACACGUGGAUUAUAGGUCUAAUUUCUGUAGUAUCGGUCACUGCCUUAAUAGCCGGGACAGCUGUUUUGAUUUGUCGAAGAAGAAGAACUCCAGGAUUAGUGUUUCAGAGGUCAGAAAUCCCGCACACACGACUGGUCAACACAGCUUCUUCCGAGCCUUCUCCAAUGAGCUUUGACCCUCCGCCUCCCUAUCCUACAAACGAAACAACGGCCACAGAAUAUACAGUUACCGUUCCUGUUAUUGUGAAUACACGAUAGAAUAUUUUGAAAAACAUGUGAAGAUUAUAAUUUUAAAGAGAAACUGUCAUUGUUAUGUUUGCUUUAUCUACUGUUUCAUUUAAAAUCUCAUACAACAUUGACGUCGUGCAUAAGAAAUACCUUCAUAAGCAUGAAACUCUUUAAAUAUCCAUUUAUAUGUUGCUGAGAAUGUUUUAACAUAAACAACAUCGAGUUGUGCAAAGUAAUGUUUGCCGCAGGUCAUGGUCAUAUUAAAUAAUAUUGUUCCUCGUAUAAUUUAAUGCAUUUCAAUAAUAAAUUUUGUUGUUGUU